UCUUCCCCUUCCUCUGCCUCCCCAUGGAUAUGCACUGCAAAGCAGACCCCUUCUCCGCUAUGCACCCAGGGCACGGGGGUGUCAACCAGCUCGGGGGGGUGUUUGUGAACGGCAGGCCCCUACCUGAUGUGGUGAGGCAAAGGAUAGUGGAGCUGGCUCACCAGGGGGUGCGACCCUGCGACAUAUCUCGGCAGCUCAGGGUCAGCCACGGCUGUGUCAGCAAGAUCCUUGGCAGGUACUACGAGACGGGCAGCAUCAAACCCGGGGUGAUCGGAGGGUCCAAGCCCAAAGUGGCCACCCCCAAAGUAGUGGAUAAAAUCGCUGAGUACAAGAGGCAAAAUCCGACCAUGUUCGCCUGGGAGAUUCGGGACCGGCUACUGGCCGAGGGCAUCUGCGACAACGACACCGUGCCCAGCGUGUCCUCUAUAAACCGGAUCAUCAGAACCAAAGUGCAGCAGCCUUUUCACCCAACACCAGAUGGGAGUGGGACAGGAGUGACUGCACCUGGUCAUACUAUAGUUCCCAGUACGGCAUCCCCUCCCGUCUCCAGUGCCUCCAAUGAUCCAGUGGGCUCCUACUCCAUUAAUGGGAUUCUGGGGAUUCCUCGGUCGAAUGGUGAGAAGAGGAAACGUGAUGAAGAAGUAUCUGAGGGCUCAGUCCCCAACGGCGAUUCCCAGAGCAGUGUGGAUAGUUUGCGGAAGCACCUUCGUGCCGACACUUUCACGCAACAGCAGCUGGAAGCUUUAGAUCGAGUCUUCGACCGUCCUUCUUACCCUGAUGUCUUUCAGGCAUCAGAGCACAUCAAAUCUGAACAGGGUAAUGAGUACUCCCUCCCAGCUCUGACCCCUGGUCUUGAUGAAGUCAAGUCAAGUCUAUCCACCUCCGCUAACCCAGACCUGGGGAACAACGUGUCAGGACCCCAGACAUACCCCGUAGUGACUGGUCGUGACAUGGCAAGCACAACCUUGCCUGGCUACCCACCUCACGUCCCGCCAACUGGACAGGGCAGCUACCCAACCUCAACUCUUGCAGGAAUGGUGCCUGGAAGUGAAUUCUCAGGAAAUCCUUACAGCCACCCUCAGUAUACGACCUACAAUGAAGCCUGGAGGUUCAGCAACCCUGCAUUAUUAAGUUCCCCUUAUUAUUAUAGUGCCACAUCCCGGGGCUCCGCACCUCCCACUGCUGCCGCUGCCUAUGACCGCCACUAGUUACCACGGAAACCACAUGAAACUGCAGGGUGACAGCCUAGGUCUCCAUAUUGUACCUGUCUGAUGAACAUUCUCCACCACUUGGAAGGAUGAAGAAAAUCUCUCCAUUCCCCUCGCCUACCCUUUCCACCGAACCCUCUUUAAGACUACAGACCGUAUUGGAAUGUCAUAUAUUGCUACACCAGAUUGAAAACAUCGUGUCCCUUGCAGUCCAACUGAGCUUCUUCACUGGAUGAUGACAAAAGCAGGCCUGUGCCCAGUGGGCCUGUUCCUGCGGCUGGGGUUGUUAAUGCCACUGCAGUACUUUGGACUGCCUCAUGUGAAUUGUUCCUUGGUCCUCUAGCCUUUCAUUCUUUUCACAUGAGGCUUCCCUCACCCCUAACUGUCAGAGGAAAUUGAGCAAUAUAGUCUGCACUGUCUUCUUUUGAAUGUGGUAUGGAUAAGAGGUAGCAAAGGAGAAUGCUGCUUGCAACUCAUUGUUCCCUCACGAGAUCAUCUUCUGUGAAAAACACCUCAACGUGAUAAACAACUCUAUUCCCAGAAGCCAGAGGGAGCCAUCCAGUUCAGUCUAGCAAAGGGGGACAUGUUGUACCAUGCUCUCUCUGUUCCACAAGGGUUUCUUUAUGGGACCCAUUCCCUUUCAUUGCUCCAUAGGUUGGUUGAAUUAGACCUUGCUUUCCUCACAGUUUCAUCUGAAGAUUGACUGCACCCAAUAUGUUAUAAUCUUACCGACUGGAGUUUGGCAACAAGUCACACAUAUACAUACACGCAUACAGAGUCAAGUCAGACAGGAGGAUGGAGUGGCAUCAACCAACCAACUGGCAAAAUGAAGAACUAUAUAAAUAGAUAUAUAAAUAUAACUGUUUUUAACGCUUUGUCUUGAAGACCUGUAAAAAAAGAGGAGAGAGAGAAAGAAGAACAAAUCCCCAGUUUUCUAAAAAGCAAAAGGUCCUGGCAAAAAUAAGCUGAAAAAUCACCCCAAGCUGAAUAGCAGGCAUGUUUUUCUGAAAAAAUAAUUAUCCCCUUUCAUUCCUGGAUUUCAUUCCUUUUCUAUUAUGCACUAGAAUGUACAUGUGUGGUGGAGAGGAGUGCAAGUGCCAUUCUGGGGGGAGCUGUCCACAUGUCUGACAAGAAGAAGGAAGGGAAAAAAGCUUAAUAUGUCCCUCUGCCCUGUAUGCAGCAUUUCUGUAAUCAGUUGUCAGCAAUAGAAUUGCUUGUCGCAGAAGAGUAGAGGCAUUUGGGGCCGCCGAUAUAGGCCAAAAAAAAUCCAUAUGAACUGGAAUUAUUUCUUGGUUCUCUAGCCUUCAAUUCCUGCCACACAUAUGAAUAAAUAGGAACUAGAUGGAGGUAUGAGGGGGGUUCUCUUCUCUCAAUGGAGCUCUGGUAUUCUGAAACCAAUGACAUAUAGAAAAAACAAGUUCUCUCCCUGAACAUCUCACUUGCUCUUCUAUUUUAACCUAGGAUUUAUGUCAGCCAGCACAACAGUUUUCCCAUUAUUGGGGCUAAUAGUUUCCUAGGUGUCUGCAUGCAUAAAGGUUGAGCAGAACUUGGAUGGGACCCUUAGUUGAAAACAUACAGUCUGUGUUUUGCAAAAAUAUGCUGCUUUUAGAGAGGUGGAACCUUGGUGACCUGCAUCACUCGCUGUCUCUCCAUCAUGGCAUCCACCCAAGUUUCAUAAACAGUUUCUCUCCUCUUGUUGCCACAAAGGGGCAGAUCCAGCAGGAAAUGGCAAGGGGUGCCACAGGAAUUUUUGCAGGCAGGGCCGACCCGCCAGGCCAAUUAGGAAGCCUCCCUAGGUGGCUCCCCGCCACCCUUGUCACCUGCCACACUCCUGCUGUGGUUGUGAGCACUGGGAUGGGGGUGGGGGAACAGGGAGCAUGGGACAGGGUGGUGGACCUAGUGUCCCACCAUCCGCUGCUGCUUCUGCAGCCUCCUCCUUCUCUCCUGGCUGCUUGCCUGCUUUUCCUGCUUCCAACUCCCAGCCAGAAGCAGGAAGAGUGGGGCCAGAGGAGAAAAGGAGGCUCAGCAGUGGGUGCAGGAUAGGGCUCCCAGCCAGCUCACCAGCCUCUGGCCAUACAGGCAGCCAGAGAAGCUGGUGCGUUGGCCAGCAACCAUGUCCACUGCUCUUGUCUCCUCUGGCUGCCUGCUCUUCCUGCUUCCUCUGCCAGCUGGGAGCAGGAAGCCCCAGUGGCCAAAGAAGCCCCUCUGCCACGCCUCCUCUUCUCUGCUGGCUGGCUGCUCUGGCAGGGGUGGGGGGCAGUGAGUAGCGGCAGCCAGACUUUGCCUGGGUGCCAAAGGGCCGGUCCUGUUCACAGGGGGUGCCAGAGCACCCUACUGGAUCCUCCCCUGCUGCCACACUAUGAAACAAUAUAUUGUUAAAAUAUCCUAAAUUAUGCAAACUCUCAAAUGCCAGGGUCAAUAAUAAAUAUGCAGUUGGAGCAACCUUUUGCAGAACAGUCACAUCUGCACUAAUUUUGUUGGUUUACACACAUUGUCUUGCAUGCAGAAUUGCAGGGGUGUGUGGGGGUGCGUGCCUGUAUGUGUGCAAAAUUGAGGGAUUCCAUGUAAGCAGAAGAUGGCAGUUCAAAAGUUGUUCACAUUUAUUUAGUGAAAUCUGGGAUUAAAAUACUGAAGGGACGGGAAUUCUUCUAGGUCAGCAAUUUCCAAAAUAUGGAGGAGGCGCAAGCAUUCCUAUGGAGACGCAGUAUCUUUGCCUGCUCCCGGUGUACAUCUUAGCUGAGUAAAGAGGCAAAGUGCAAACCCACAUUCAAACGAGUAGAAAGCAAGUAGUUUUGCACGCACGCACACACACACACACACACACCCAUCCUUCUGCAAUUGACCAAUAUUGUGUGGAAAUAAGAAAUCACUGUAUUUGGGGACA